AUGGUUUUACAAGUACAAGCACAAAAGGAAAGUGAGAUUAAAGGGGGUUUCACCAGCUCUGGAUGCUUGACUGUUGGAUGUAGCGGUAGUUUAAUUCAAAAAACGAUUGGCUGUGACGAAGCUUCAAAAAUUGAAAACAGCAUCCAGAAGUCUAACUUAAUUGUGGGGAAUUUGGGCAUAGGCACUAUAUUUAUGAGUAUUCUAAUCAAGCGUAUUGUACCUAUGAAUUUUGACAUAUAUGAGAGAAAACAUAUCAACCAAGAGACAUUAAUGGUACUCAAUAUGGUUAAGCUAUCAUUACAUCUAACAGUCAAGCAUCCGGAACUGGUGAAACCCCCUAUAAGUAAAGCUCUUUGCAUUGAAAAUCUAAUAUAUUAUGAGAAAAGCAUAGUUUUACAAUCUGGGCUUAUUUCACCUUAUUUCUGA